AUGUCAACUCCUAUUCACCCUGCUGUUACAGUAUCCAACAUCAAAGCUCUCAUCCCUAUAACCCUUGAUAUCGAGAACGGACACUAUACUGCGUGGUCCGAAUUAUUCAAGAUUCACUGCAUCUCCUAUGAUGUAUACGAUCACCUUCAGCCAAAGAAAGUCUCCGAUGCCUCCUCUUCCGCCGAUAAAGAACAGCCCAAAGACAAAGUCGUCGCAUCUCUGUCGUGGGAACGCCUUGACUCCAUUGUUUUACAAUGGAUUUAUGGGACGAUUUCCACCGAUCUUCUUCACACUAUCCUGAUGCCUAAUACUAAUGCACACGCGGCUUGGACGGCUCUGGCAAAUAUCUUUCAAGACAACAAGGCCACACGUACUAUCGACCUCAAUAACAAGUUUGCCAACACUUGA